UGAAUAGCGUCGCUGUCACAAGCAUUCGAAAGCGUCGAGGAAGGCAUUUUUAAUUCCACGCUGGAAGAGAAGAGAAGAAGGAAGGCAGGCAGCUCCCUGCGGUUCGUAUUAUGAAUCCGCGGAGCUCCAAAGUCAGACCGAACUACUGAAGGCGGGAUUACUUUUCUCUCGGUGCGAUCUCGUUGAAAGUCAUGGAGGGGUCAAAGUGUCAUUUUUGACUUUGGCAGAUUGUUUUUUGGUUUCAACUUCAGCUGCGGGAUUAAAAGCGCGAUUCCACGAAGGACAGGCUGAAGGCAGGUGAGGAUGGUGAACAGUCAAGUGUCGGGCGUACCUCCGGCCCCGAGGUCAUGCGCAGGAUGUGGCGGGAAGAUUGCUGACCGCUUCCUGCUCUUCUCCAUGGAGCGUUACUGGCACACUCGCUGCCUCAAGUGCUCUUGCUGCCAAGCCCAGCUGGGCGACAUCGGUACCAGCUGCUACAGCAAAGGCGGCAUGAUUCUGUGUCGCAGCGACUACAUCAGGCUGUUUGGGCACAGCGGGGCGUGCAAUGCCUGCGGGCAGUCCAUCCCAGCCAAUGAGAUGGUGAUGAGGGCACAGGGAAAUGUUUACCACCUCAAGUGUUUCAGCUGCGCCACAUGCAGAAACAGACUCAUGCCCGGAGAUCGCUUCCAUUAUAUGAACGGUACAAUCUUCUGUGAGCACGACAGACCGGCUGCUGCCUUGCUCAACAGCCACCUGCCUCCUCUUCCAAGUAAUUCUGUCUUGACGGACCAAAAGGUGUGCUGAGUGAUGUGCGUGCCAUUGCUUUACUUCCUGUCUCCUGCUAUCGUCGCCAUUGUUGUGGAUUCUGCUCACCACCACGGAUCCCUGUCCUGAAAUGCAUUCUUCCAACAACAUCCCAUUCCGCCAUGCUGUCAUAAAGGUCAUGCGCCACGUCCCAAAGUUUAUUGUGCUCGGUAUAAGAGUGCUCUGUCGUUCCGUGUGGACCGCAUUGGCAGAGGCUGCUUCGGACUGCGAGGACAGUGAUGACGGUUGGCCCUGCCAUUGUUCCGAGGAAGGAACAAAAGACUCUUCAUGGAGAGUGUGAUGGACUGAUGGAAAAUGGCUGUCCAAGUGCUUUGCCGCCAAGCAUCAACGUUUGGAAUGAACUCUGAUUUGUCUCUUGUAUGUUUUCCGGACAUCAUGUACAGUACUGUUGAAUAUACAGUCAAUACAGUCAGAAUCUAAUCCAUGAAAUAGCGUUUAGCGAUGCUGUUUGAAGACUCACAAUGAUGCUACAAACUUUUUUGAACCCAUAAGAAGCCGGAUCCAUUUCAAGUCAACUGAUGUUGGAUAUACCACAGAGCGAGUGGAACAUAUUGUUAGAAUAAUAUACUGUGGAACAUUGGUGAGCAUCGUCAAUACGUUCCAGAAGGUCCAAGCCUAUCCCAGUCUAUUUUUCCCAUAAGGGAUAAUGAAAAUUCAAUUAAUCCGUUCCAGAUAGCCAAAACACGAUUUUAUAGUAUUACAUGCAGAAAACAAUCCCAAUGCAUAUAAUAUAUAUAUAUAUAUAUAUAUAUAUAUAUAUAUAUAUAUAUAUAUAUAUAUAUAUAUAUAUACAAUUCUGAAUGAAAGGGAUAAAUGAACAUUUAAGGUUAUUUUACCGUCAUUGUUGCCAAAGACGGGCGGCACGGUGGUCUAGGGGUUAGCGCGCAGACCUCACAGCUAGGAGACCAGGGUUCAAUCCCACCCUCGGCCAUCUCUGUGUGGAGUUUACAUGUUCUCCCCGUGCAUGCGUGGGUUUUCUCCGGGUACUCCGGUUUCCUCCCACAUUCCAAAAACAUGCUAGGUUAAUUAGCGACUCCAAAUUGUCCAUAGGUAUGAAUGUGAGUGUGAAUGGUUGUUUGUCUAUAUGUGCCCUGGGAUUGGCUGGCCACCAGUCCAGGGUGUACCCCGCCUUACGCCCGAAGACAGCUGGGAUAGGCUCCAGCACCCCCCGCGACCCUCGUGAGGAAAAGCGGUAGAAAAUGAAUGAAUGAAUGAAUGAAUGUUGCCAAAGACACAAUGUGGCACCUUCCUGUUUUGCCAUGAGUUAUUUCUACAGUUCAGUCGUGUUUCUCACCUCACGUCUCAGCUUUUAUUUUGAUCACGGCAGUAAAAGUUGCAAGUGCCGGGAUUUUGAUGAAGAAUGUGAGAAACUAUUGAAGUCAAGAAUUCGUUCAUAGGGUUAGCAUAUAGCAUAUGCUUGUCCGUGUUGAUCUCUCUGCCACAUUGUGUCUUUGUCUCCACGGUGUGGCUAAAUGAAUAAUGGGAUCAGUCUAAUGCGCUUUGGGUACCUUGAAUGGCGCUGUAUAACUCCAGUUCAUUGUUAUUAUUUAUCCCUUUCAUUUGUCCUUUAUGUGGUGUAACUGUGUUAGUUAGCAAAGAACUACAGAAUCAACCCCUGAUGACAUCACAGGGCUGACUUGCGCCUCCUUGGGACACUUUGUGAUAAUAAUACAUGAAGAACACAAUCAGUAUUAAUGACGUGACAAGACAUACGCCAAAUUGUACGCUGACAGAAAAAUGUACUUAAACCGAGGCAAGAUUUUGGUGUACAGCUGAUGCUAAUCGAGGUGCCACUGUACUGCUAACUGACGUCAAAGAUGUGUGACGUUACAUAUACGUUACAUUGUUCGUGUUAAAUGUAUUAGAUAUUUGAAAAGAAGUCAACGUGACACGUUUUGGUUUUGUUUUGUUUCAAAUCAUUGCAUUGAAUGUCAUGUUAACAAUUGUGACAAAUAUGUGACAGCAGGCGCUUUACGGCAAUUUGAUGGAUGAAAGCCCAAUAGCAACAUUUUCCCAGCUUGUUUUCUAUAAAUGAAUUGAAAAAAAUAUACAAUUACAAUACUUAAAGCAUUACAAUUGGUUGAAAAUAAACGUUUAGAAAUGAGCUAGCUUACCUGACACUGGACACAUGACUGUCACAUGACAAGCACUAAAUGUUUCCUAUACAGUCAACUUGAAUUUAUAUUAUGUCCGAUGGGAAACGUUUCCUCGGUUUUCGUACAUUUAAUUUUUUGUCCGAUUUUUCCAAAGUAAUUAAUGCCACAAAGCAAGGUUCCACCGUGGCUUCUUAUGGGCUGUUGAAAAAUGUUCAUCGUUUUUCCUUGUGAUCGUUGAAAUGAAUUGUAUUUCUUCACCAGCUUCCUGGUCAAUGUGAGGAAACGAGCAAUGGUUUAAAAUCAUAUUAAAAUGAUUUUCCCGUA